AUUACUCUGGACGAAAUGCUACGAGAAGAAGAAUGUCUAUUCAUUAAUGCGCAUGCGCGAGAAAUUGGAAAAGCAAAUCAGGCGCGCCGUUCCCAUAUACAGGCCAAGGCCAAGGCUGCAGUUUGUAUGACUGUUGUAGUCAGGCUACAUUUCUAUAUUAGAUCUGUCCCUUUUAGGCAGUAAAAAAGUUCUACAUGGCAGGCAUCGGGGAUGUACCUACCAGGACAGACCUGGAGGAUCUGAACAGGGAACUUAUACACCAGACACGUCUCACAGGCUCUCCCUCAUCAAGUCCAAGCCAAGAUGUACAUUCCCUGGCAAAGACAGACCUAUCCCGUUACCACCAACUAUCACCACCAGAUGACUACAAGUAUGGUGGUGCCACCUUUAGUAACCCCAGUGAGGAUAUCGAUUCUCAAAAAAUUCCAGGAUUUCAGCGACAGUUAAGUGCUGAUUGGAAUCGAGUAGACAGUACUUCCAGGGAUAUAAAUAUCUCAAUGGAAACUGAUAGUAUAUCUUCAACACAAGACAUUGAUUUUAGUAUGAGAAAUAUAGCAUCUUCAGAAUCGCAGAGUCCUACACAAAGUCAGCCAGCGGGAAGCCCCAUUGAUAAAGUAUCUACAUCAAGUCAGGAAUUCCAGAAACCACAAAACAAGUCCCUGAUGAAGAAAAAUAAAAUCUGCAAUGUUUGCGGUGAUUUUGCUCUAGGGUAUAACUUUGGAGCUGUGUCAUGCGAGUCAUGUAAAGCCUUCUUUAGAAGGAACGCUUUCAAGAAUAUCCGUGGCCGAUGUGAUGGAACAUGUGAAGUUGUCGUGGAAACCAGAUCAUUUUGCAAAAAAUGUCGCCUCCAGAAAUGCUUUACUGUUGGAAUGAGGGCACAUAUGAUACUAAGUGACACUCAGAAACUUGAGAGACGGCAAAAAAUUCUCGAGAACAAGCUGCGUCGUGAUAAAGAUUUGCUCCCUGAAGAACAUAACGAGCUGAAACAAAUAACCGAGGCAUUGAUAAAGCGUGCAAAUGAACCUCAGAUAGAAACCCCAAUCAAACGUGAGCCCCCCUCUGUUGAAUGUGUCACUGUCACGCCUCCAGUUCCUUCGAUGACUCCAGUCGACCAUGAAAUCCUGAAGGAAAUUUCAAUCGCCUAUAAAACAGCAGUUGAAGAAUGUCCCCCAUGGUCACAACUUGGUAACCCAUCAGAAGUAGAGUUUGUGAAUUUAGCGGACCGUAUGAUCCGAAUGCAUAUUGUUAUGGCAAAGAAAAUGCGUACUUUUAAAGAAUUAAGCCAGGAGGAUCAGAUAGCACUAUUGAAGGGUUGCUCAGUGGAGUGGCUCAUUUUGCACUCCUCCUCUACAUAUGACACUACUUCUGGAGGGUGGAAGGUACCUAAUAGUAGCACUGAGGUUGCCCCUGAUGAACUGAACCGAACUGAUAAUCAAGAACUUGCAGAUGUAUACAGAGGCUACCUCCAAUUUGCCCAAAGGUUGAAUAGUGUAAAUGAAGGGGAUGAAAAAAUCAUUCACCUUUUAAUGAUUUUAUCCCUGUUUAGUUCUGAUCGCGGGGGCCUUAGUGCCCCGGAGAAAAUAAAUGACCUUCAAGAGAAGUAUGCAUCUGCAUUGCAUCACUAUGUUACUGAUACAUUCCCUGACAAACCAGGAAAAUUUGCCAAGUGUAUAAGUCUACUAGCUCAGAUACGAGAAUUGAACGAGCAUCACUCAAAAAUGAUGCUUACUAUGAAUCCAAAUGAGAUAGAGCCGUUACUUUUGGAAAUAUUUGAUAUUAAAAGCAAAAAGUAAAAGAUUCAUAUAUGAUGUCAACUUGAUAUGAGAUAAUUCAAAGAAUACCAUGAGUACAGCUCAAAUAACUUAAGAUGAUGAAUAUGUUUAAAUACAAAUUGUUUCUGUCAUCAUUCAGUGAUGUCAUGUCUAGAAGUUUGAAUCAACAAAAUGAAUUCUAGACCCUUGGUGUUUUACAGAAAAGAUGUGUAUUUUAAGAUAUACAAAUUGUAAAUGAAAAUUAUGUAAAUUAGCUUUUUUUGUGGCUUCAGGUUAUUUAAUGAUUUAUAUGUGGAGUCUCAUGUUAGUGAGGGGACCAAUCAUAAUAAGGAAAUAUUUAAAUGACUCGUCUCACUUGUCAAAGCCUAUUUUGUUCACAUAUUUUAUGUUAUAUAUUGGGUAUGUAUCAAGACUCAAGAGUCUCUUAAAAUUCCAGGGUCCAUUGGAUAUUGGACUUGAUUAGCUAUUUAGUGGAAAAUUAAAUUACUUAAAUGCAUUAGGUUACUGCACUCCCAGUAAUUUUGUGUGCCACUAACGUUUUUGUUAUUUAUUUUGCAAAAUACUAUAUUGUAAAUCACAAUUUCUGAGAAUUCCUGUGUUUACAGUUUUCUGUUUAGUGUUGACAGUAUAUCAUUCCGACAUGGAAUAAAUACGUAUUGUGUAAUAGUAUUGUUGCAAAGAUGGACACGGGAAAUUGGAUGAAUGUUGCGAUGUCUCAUAUCAGCGAAAAAUAAAUUUAGUUGCAGCAAAAUUUAAAAAAUUUGAAACAGAAAUCGCAGCAAAAUUUUGAAAUCAUGAAAAUCCAAAAUUUGAUAGUGUUAAAACCAAUCAGGAGUACAGUGCUCAUGUAAAGCUCAUCUUAGCAAAAACAAAUGUGAAUACACCAUGUGCAGUUUUUUAGUGUAUUUUUUUAUUAUCCCACCAAACGAUGGUAUGUCCCCUUGUCUGUUGGUUUGGUGGGAUUUCCUACUCCUUGGGAGUUGCUGUUUUUUCUAGUUGUAGAAUAGUCCAAAAUCUCAACGCAUUAGAUUUUUAUCAGAUAUUGCUCAG